AUGAGGUUAAAUGAAGUAUGGAUGAGCCAGAGGAAGACUAUACAACUACAAAAAGGUCCCUCUACCGAUUUUGUUCUGAUAAAUGGCUUACUGCAAGCCACCACCUUCUCCAUAAUACUUAGGAAAGGCGAACGGCGCUUGGGACACUCGGCCGGCGGAAGUGGAGGAGUGGAACGCGCGUCUGGAGACCUCUACCCCUGCUCCGGCGCUGGGGGGCUGUCCUGGGUCCCCUCCCCCGGAGCCCCCCGGGAUCGCAGUCAGGGUCGGGGGUCGGGGUGGGGGGCAUACUCCCCACGCCCGCCCUCCCCGCCGCCCGCCUUUGAUUACGGCUAG